UAAUACCUUAAAGCUAAAUAACCCUUGCGAACCCUAGAAUCCGCCGAUCUGUGGCAUAAGCACGGCAUGGCAUUGGAUGAGGAGCAAAGUAAAUUACAAAUAUCUUCAAAGUUAAGCCGUAAACAAUGGAGAGCCUUGAAGAAGAAAGAAAAGCGAAGAGCAAUCCGCAAGACUGAGGCCCAAGAGAGAGAAGCCCAGAGGUUGACAGAAGGUGUUGAAAGCUCAGCCUCAGCAUCUUCUGAUGAAGAGAAAACCAAGGAAGAAGAACGAAUCCGAGAGGAACAACAUCAUCUCUGGUUAGAGAGGGAAGAGGCAGCUCAGAGAGAAUGGCAACAGAAGAAGGAAAGAGAAGAGCGAGAACGGCUGAGGAUUGAAGCACAAAAGAAACAAAUCCAAGCGGAGUGGGAGGAGAGAGAGAGAAAAGAAAAAGAGGAAGCAGAGGAAAGGGAAAAGAAGGAGGCAGUGAAGAGAGAGAAGCAGGAGGCUCUGUUAAAGGAAGCUACAGCAAAUGAGAACAAGGGAAAUGGAGCGUGGCACAACCCGAUUGCCCCAAUGAAUUAUGGGAAGGAACAACUGCGAGAGACUUGCCCAUUCUUCAGAAAGACCGGUGCCUGCAGGUUUGGCGAUCGUUGUUCCCGGGCUCACCCCGAGCCAGAAGAUUGCACCACCCUGCUGUUUCCCGGUAUGUAUAGCAGCUUCGUGCUAGAGCAGACAUUGAGGGAUGAAUAUGACAUGGACAUAGGUCUGGAAUACGAGGAAGGAGAAACGUAUCAGCAUUUUAAGGAUUUUUAUUAUGAUGUAUUGCCGGAGUUUAAGAGCAUGGGGAGAGUUGUACAAUUUAAGGUCUGCUGUAAUUUCGAACCACACCUGAGAGGCAAUGUUUACGUCCAGUUUUACAGGGAAGACGAAGCUCAGGCCGCUUUCGCCAAGUUUAACGGGCGAUAUUAUGGAGGAAAGCAGCUGUCAGCACAGUUUGUGUCCAUAGAAAGAUGGAAGUUGGCUAUCUGUGGACUCUACGGUAGAAAGCAGUGUCCAAAAGGCAAGAACUGUAACUUCCUCCAUGUUUUCCGUAACCCUGGGAAUGAAUUUCGAGAUGCUGAUAUGGAUUUCGAACGUUCCACCAGAGGGUGGGGCACCAGUCAGAGGGAAAGAUCAGAGUCUUCGAGGUACGAUAAGAGAGAGAGGAAUGGUCGAUACCAUGGUGACAGAUCAUCUCAUAGAAAAUCAAGGUCAAGGUCACGAUCUCACAGGAGGUCACGUUCCAGUCAUCGCCAGGGUAAGCGAUCAGUGGAUCGCAAAUCAAGGCAUUCGCGAUCACGUUCAAGGAGUAGAUCAAGGGCAAGGUCACGGAAUCGUAGCCACAAAGGUCACUCCCAAUCUCCUGAUGAGGAGUUAAGAAAACGUCAGUGUAGGAGGUCGAGAUCGAGGAGUAGGAGUCCUGCGCGUCACCGAGGCAAAAGACGGGAUAGGUGUUCUUCUGUAGCAGGCCAGUCAAGGGAAGCAAAUGAGCCAAGAUUAGAUUCAAGGGAGAUAAUUAGUGAACAUUCCGGUAAGAGCAUUAAGAUUGUUUCAUCAACAUUACUAGACAGAAGUCAGUCUUCUAGUUCCAGUAACUCUGAUGUAAGUGAUGUGCUGUCCAAAGCUCGUAAGAAAAAAUCUAAAUCUCAUCGAAAACACAAAGAACGCAAAAAGGAAAAAGCCAUGUUUGUAAACUCUGUUUCAAAAAGUGCAGAUUCUGAGAGUAUUAGUAAAAAUUCCAGUGCUUCGGCGUUGCAUGGGAUUGGAAGCCCUAGCAAAUUGGCCCUGGUGGAUGAAAUUAUUCAACAAUCUCUGACCGAGUAACAAAUUUUUAUUUGUUGCAUGUUUUUGUACAUGUUGAGAAUUCUUACUUAUCUUAUUAGUUUUCUUUAAAAAAAAACUUUGCCUUUUUAACUGAUUCUUAAAUAUAAUUUAUCUGCAUUAUUCAGCCAAAUUUGUCCUCAAAAAACAUUUGGCUCAAUUAAAGUUGUGUACAUGUACUUGUGUACAUUGUCAUUUACAUCUUGAAUUUGGGCACUGCCCUCUCAUCUCGUUGAUUUGAAUAUGAGACUUUGCAUUCUGUGUAUACAUGUAUCUUGACUUUUUGUCAUAAAGAUAUCACCUGAAAUAAUUUACGUUGCAUACCACAGUGCAUACCAUAGGUGUGGAGUGCACACCACAGGUGUGGAGUGCACACCACAGGUAUGGCCUGCAUACCACUGAUACCGCGUGCAUACCACGAGUGUGCAGCACAAACCAUUGAUACCGAGUGCAUACCAGUGAUACCGCAUGCAUACCACAGAUAUGGCAUGCAUUCCACAGAUAUGGCAUGCAUACCACUGAUACCGCAUGCAUGCUGCCAACACUGCGUGCAUCCCACUGAUAUGGUGUAAAUACCACUGGUAUGGCGCGAAUACCACUGAUAUGGUGUGAAUACCACUGACAUACCACAUAGAAAAGUUGCCAAGUCUGCCAAAGCUCUAUUUAUCCACCCAUAAAACCAGCCCGCCAUCUUCUAAGUGGAAAUUCUUGAAUGUCGUGUUACAACCAAAUAAAUAAAUUUGCACAUAAAUGAAAAAGUAUUGCGUAUGAUGUCAAACAACAAGCAAAUAACUACAUUUUUGGCCAUAGAUGAAUGUUUGUUUUGUAUCAGUGUCAGACACUGUAAUACUGUAACUCCUAAAGAUGUGCUCUGUAUAUGGACGUGUAAAUGCACAGCACUUUCACUCUGUCUGUGUAUGGCAUGGUUCAUGGUAAAUAUAAUAUCGUUACGUUACAAAAGA